CGCCUCUGGCCUCCUCCGCUCGGCCGGCGGCGCGGAGGAAAGCGCGGUGGAGGGCUGCGCGGGAGGGAGGCGCCCAGCGGGUGUGGGUCCCACGCGCUGCACUGCGGCUCCGCAGUCUCUGCAUCCCCUGCCGCCGCAGGGAGGGCGCGGUCGCUGUCCGCCCUGAGCUGCGGUGCCGGGUGUUUCCACGCUGGGCUUUGUUCCCCGCUUCUCUCCUGUGAACAUUUGACAAGCUCCUGGAGCCUAAUGCCUGCCACUGCAGCGUUAGAUCGGGCGGCGGGGAAGGGUGGACUCCGGCUGGAGCUGUCACCCGCAGGGUGUUUCAGCCUCCGAGAAAGCAGCGUUCCGAGAGCGGCCUGAUGCAGUAUUCUGAAGUCUUAGGAAGCUGGCACAGUUAAAUGUUCGUGGCCCAUGAGAAAGACAUAUAAGAAACCAUGGCACUCCCUUUUCAAAAAGAGCUGGAGAAAUACAAGAACAUUGAUGAAGAUGAGCUUCUUGGCAAACUCUCAGAAGAGGAACUGAAACAGCUGGAAAAUGUUCUUGAUGACCUAGAUCCUGAGAGUGCACUGCUGCCAGCUGGAUUUCGACAGAAAGACCAGACACAGAAAGCAGCCACGGGCCCAUUUGACCGCGAGCACCUCCUUAUGUACCUGGAGAAGGAGGCUUUGGAGCAGAAAGACAGGGAAGACUUUGUGCCCUUCACUGGAGAAAAGAAAGGGAGAGUCUUCAUCCCCAAAGAAAAGCCCAUAGAAACUCAUAAAGAAGAAAAGGUGACCCUGGACCCAGAACUGGAAGAAGCUUUGGCCAGUGCCUCCGACACUGAACUCUAUGACCUUGCAGCUGUUCUUGGAGUACACAAUUUGCUCAACAACCCCAAGUUUGAUGAAGAAACGACCAACACAAAAGGUGGCAAAGGGCCUGUGAGAAAUGUGGUCAAAGGUGAAAAGGUCAAGCCAGUAUUUGAGGAACCACCCAACCCCACAAAUGUGGAAGUAAGUCUACAGCAGAUGAAAGCCAAUGAUCCCAGCUUGCAAGAAGUCAACCUCAACAAUAUUAAGAACAUUCCAAUUCCAACCCUGAAGGAAUUUGCAAAGGCUCUGGAGAUCAACACUCACGUGAAAAAGUUCAGUCUGGCUGCAACCCGCAGCAAUGACCCUGUGGCAAUUGCCUUUGCAGAUAUGCUAAAAGUAAACAAGACCUUGAAAAGUCUAAACAUAGAAUCCAAUUUCAUCACUGGUGCUGGGAUCCUGGCCCUUGUAGAAGCACUAAAGGAAAAUGACACAUUGACUGAGAUCAAGAUCGACAACCAGAGACAGCAGUUGGGAACAGCCGUGGAGAUGGAAAUUGCCCAGAUGCUGGAGGAGAAUUCCAGGAUCCUCAAGUUUGGAUAUCAGUUUACCAAGCAAGGACCACGAACAAGAGUGGCAGCUGCCAUCACAAAGAAUAAUGACCUGGUUCGUAAAAAGCGAGUUGAAGGAGACCGAAGGUAAACUUCCACAAAAAGAGGCGAAGUUUCCCCACGGCAGCAAUUUAAAAACAGAAGCUCUUUUCCUUCUUCACUGGGACCAUUUUAUCAAAGGUUGUUCAUUUCCAUUAACCAAGCAACUAAUAAUUUAACUGUUAUUCUUUUUUAGCGCUACAUAUUUGUCUUGGAUUUUUUUUAACGUAUGCAACUGCUUUAUUUGUCCCUGGACACCUCUGGUGACUUGCACCAAUGGAUUUAUGCAGAUCUUAGUCGGUGACAGCAAUCAAAAAUGACUUAACCAUUUUCAUAUUGGGUUAUCUUGCUUUCUUAUGUAAACUUUUUUUUUUAACCAUUGAAAGGAACUUAAUAUAUAAAUGUGUUUGUAACUGUGAUUAAGAUAGAGGCCUAUCUCUGUUUACAUGCAUAGCUUUGAGUUAGGCUAAAUACAUCAGAAGUGUUCUGCUGACCACAUAAGAAGUUAGUAUUGCCAAUCUUUCACUGAGUGAGAAAAUGUGACCAGCUUAGCACAAGUUCUCCCUUAGUUCCAGAAAAGUCACUAAAUGCAAAUGCGCUGCUGGUUGAAGAUCAGUGGUGUCAUCCUCAUAAAAAGAAGACAGCAUUAUGAUACAUAAACACAGCUUUAGCAAAUAAGUGUGAAAUAUUUAUUCACCCACAAAUAUAGCUUUAAGCCAGACUCAUGCGUAGCAAAAUGAAUUAGCUACUUUUACUGAUUAUUUCACAUACAUCUGAUCUUUAACAUCACUCUAUGGAUAACAUUUUACAAAACUGUUUUAAAGUUUUCCAGCCAUGAUGGGAAAUUUUUAAAUUUUAGUAAGAGGAAAGCUUUUCAUAUAGUACAUUCCUAAAUAAAACAGUAAUAGUUGCACUUCAAGGUUAUCUGUUACAGGAUUACAUUAUUUUGGCAGAUUUUAGGUUAUCUGUAAUCAGGAUUACAUUAUUUUGGCAGAUUUUAGAAGCAUUUAUUGCUUUGUCUUUAGGGCAACAAGAUCACAGGAUGAGAUAUGAACGUUCAAGAUAACUGUGUAGAUUUUGUCCACAUGGCAUGAUCCAUCCAGACAUUUGCAAACAUCAGGGAAAAAUAUGAAUUAUUAUUUAUCCAGAGUUUGUCAUCUCAAGGACAAAGCCUAUGAAAGUACAACUAAGAUGACUGCCUGAUAGAUGCUUGAAUCUUUUCAUCCAGCAGCCAACAGUGUCAUGUUAAGCUAAGGACAUUUGUGACUGCAGCCUCUGGCACCAGCUCUUUGAUAACUGUCAGUGCCUAAGGCUAGAAUUAAUGGCCCUCUGACAUUGCCUUAGGCUCCUCUCCCUCCUCUUCCCCCUUCUUGCAUUCCAGUUCAUUCUCUUUCUUCUCUGUAAUUCUGAGCCUUGUAAAGGUGAUGUCCUUUGUUGAUGACACCUGGAGCUAAAGGAGUUGCUGACUCAGGCAGAUAAAUUCACUAAGUAAUAGAGUGUUCCUGAGUUGCUUGAUAGCAAUAAAACAAAUAAAUGGGAAAGUAUUUCAUACAUUAUUCUAGUUAGUUUAUAAAACACACAGAAACUGGAGAGAAAGUCCUUUCAUUAGCCACAAAAGUGUGUUGGGUUUUCUGUAAUAUCUUUUCGACCAACUUUUUUGACCUUUGAACGAACUUUUUGACCAACCCAAUAAAAUUAGAUAUUUACUUGUAAGUGCCCACAUCUCUAGCUCUAAAAUCUUUAGAAAAAAGAAAAAGAAAAAGAAAGAAGAAAACAAAAUAAAAUCCUUUAAGAUCUAAGAAUAUUUUAUUAUACUUUUUGAGGGAAUAAUGAGCAGAGCAUAUUGAAUUUUGGAAAUCACAAAGAUUCUUUAGUUUUCUGCUAGAUUUCCCUAUCUAUUAAAAAAAAAAAAGUAGUAACUACUAUUUGAUUUUUUUCUUUCCCUUUUACUCAUUUAGGUGUGGUAUGUUGGAGCCAACUCAUACAGGUUUCACCAUUAUUAAAUUAUCAAGAAUCUUGCAAACUGGUUGCUAAGCACAACCAUUAUUAAAAAUUAACGGCAUGUACUUAUGAUUAAAUAAUUAUAUCAAAAAAACAAAAGUAACACUCAAAAAUACAUUUUACUGUUUUCGUACUCUUGAGAUUAUUUGCACCUAUUGUGUUUUUGGCAGAAAUGCUAUAUCGUGGUAUGGUAUUAUACAUCUCUCCCCAACUUGCUAGUUCUUCCCAACUAAGAAGUUCUGUACUUCUUGUUGGUAGUUAGAAAUUGAUCAUGGCAUGGAAAUUGAUAAAUGUUGUAAAUCAAGACUUUCCCCUAUCUCACCUAUCACCAGGUUGCUGGUUCAUGCCUCUACCAUCAGCAUAGCACUGGGUGAAAUGUAUACAGUUUUUCUUCUUCUUUUUUUUUGUAUACAUGUUUUGGUUACCAUGUUGCCAAAGGGAAGAACACUUCUGUUUCUUAGUUGUCUUUCUCCUUUCCCUUCAGAUUUGUUGCAAAUAUAUUCAAGUGCAGAGACCCUGACAUGCCCCACUAAGUAAGGCUUUUUCCUUUCUGGUCUCAUUUACUCUCUUUCUUGCCUUCUCCCCUAAGAAAUCUUGGAUCCUACACAGAGUAUUUCCUGCAGCCCCAAGAUACUGUGGACCUGGGGCUAAAGCAGUUCUUGGCAAACCCUGGCAGGAAGAAGGAAAAAGGUCAGGACUUGAUAGUAACUGUGCUGCAGUUGUUGAUAGUAUUAAAGCAAAAUAAUGGGAUAUUGUCAAAUUUUAGCACUGUUUUUAGCUUAUAAAAUAGUUAGGUCAAAUGUAUAUAGAAUCUAUUAAAUCAAAUAUUAUUAAUCAACUUAUCAUUACCUGUGUUUUUGAAGUAGCUUUAAAGGUGGCAUUUCCAUGAGUAUUCACGUAACUAUUAGAAGAUAAACUUAAAUUUAGAGGGCCUAUAUAUCAUUUAAUUAACCUAGGACUUCAUUUCCCCAUCUCUGCAGUGUUUGUAGGUAGAAGUUCCUUCAUGAUCCUGAGCAUGGUUAAUCCCUUACUAUCCAUCAUGGUGGAGCAUAAUGUAUAUACAAUAUCUUUAUACAUAUGCAUUUUGUCAAAUAUUAUGUCAAGAUAUUUGGCAGCAUCUGGACAAUUGAUUGAAGGGAGAUCAUCUUUCCCCAGACCACCUCCUUUCCCCUGUUAGACUUGUACAGGCCCACCCUAAGUGUAAAAUCAUUCACCUGGACUUACAGGCUCCUGUCACCAACAUCCAUCCCAGCAUAUGUGGAAGGUAACUUUUAGGAGAUAUUCUGGAAGUCUAGAGAGAUCAUGUCAUUAGUCCAGCACAUCUCCCCAUCCGCCAGAAGUGUGUAGUGAAAGCUGCUUUAUCCUCAUCAGCGCAAUUAAAUUCCUGCCUUUCAUCUUAGUAGGGCAUAACGUAAAUAAAUGUCGUGUGAGUGUGUGUGUAUUGCCAAAUAUCUACCUGGGUAUUUGGCUGCAUCUGGACCACUGAUUGAAGGGAGAUACUCUCUCCCCAGCCCCAUUUCCCUUGUUCUUUUUAGAGCUGUUUUAGGCCCAGGUUGAAUAUGAAAUCACUCCCUAGAAAUUGCAGCUUAGGUCACCAACCACCAAAUUUCACAGCACUAUGGAAGAUAACUCUUAGGGAAGCCUGGAAAUCAUUUCAUUGUUCCAGCACCAAAUCUCUCCAUAUGCCUAAAGUAUAUGAGUGAAAGUGCUUUCAUCUCCAUCAACAUACUUAGGCCCCUUCCUUCCAUUUGUGUAGGAUAUAUUGUAUAUAAAUAUUUUGUACAUUAAAGAUUGCCAAAUACUAUAAAGGAGGUAUUUGGCCAAUGCUGGACUCCUGAUUGAAGGGAGAUGCUGUCUCCCAGUCUCUCUUCCAUCCCCUCUCUCAAAGUUGAUACGGGCCUAGGUUAGGUAGAGAAUCGCUAACCUGAAGGGGCUCGUGCAACUCACCCAUCUUAAAGCAUGCAUUUCAUCUUACAAUACAAGCCCAUCUCCAUUUAAAAACUCACAAAACAUCCCAAUGCCUAUUCUCCUCAAAACAAUUUCCGUAAGGGAAGCCUGGCACAUCAAAUCAAAAGAACGGCUGCUUCCCUUCCAGACAGAAAUGUGGCCCCUGGCAGGGCACCAGCAUUAAGGAAACCAGUGUGUUCUGAAUAACUGCCAUGAGAACAUUUCAGUCAAACCUGAAACCGAUUUAAGCAUCAACAUGCUUUAAGUGUAAGAUAGCCCUUUAAAAGUUCCUAGAGUUUGAGGAUAUUUUCCUUUUUUGUGGUCAUGAUGUACUUAGCCCUCUUCUAGGCACUGUGAAGGAGACAGGAAGUGUGAGAUUAUUAUAAUUUGACCUGUGCUUCUGGGUUUUGGGGCAGAGUGCCCUUUUGGAAAGUAGAUACCAUUUUUUAGCUCAAGUAUUGAUUGCAUAUGCAAAAACUAGCAGGGAGCAGUGAGCUGUGAACACUGGGUUCUGUGCUGUGUUACCUAUCCACAGGAGAACUGUUUCUGGAGUUGGGUUUGAAAUCAUGGUUCUGUAGCUUCCUUCUUCUCUUCCACUAAUGAAGCAAUGAUAGCUAUAUUCAUUGUAAUGAACAGGGAACUAAGAAAAAUUUUAGGUUUGCCUUCCAGUAACAGUAACAGUUUCCCCUUAUUGCUCCUAAUUUAGAACAUCCCUGCCACUCACUGUGCCAUCCUCAAUACUCAAGGAUGGAGACACAUGCAAAGGAAAGGUGUGAGAAUGCUUGGGAGCAUCAGGCAUGCCCUCUGGAUGAAAAUCACAUGAUCAGCCCCCUGGUAACAAGCUGGAGAGAGAAAAGUACCCAGAACUUCAAGGAUGUAGUCACUGUUCUUGCUCCCAACUCUAGGCCAGAUCAAAUCUUAUUUUGUGGUUCAGGAGUUUAGUAGUGUGGAGGGGCUAGGUGCUGUGGAGAAGGCAGAUGCAAAUCAAUGUUUGUCAUUUGCCUAAGGGUAGAAGCAAGCUCUGCUCCGCUUACCUCUUUCUCCUCUGCCCAUAACAGCUAUGAUUAAACACUCAGAAGAUGGAUGAAGGAGGAGUGGCAAAGUUUGAAUUUAUAACCUGCCUGUGCUAGGAAGGUUGUACACAUAUCAGAGGUUAUCCCAGUUCUGUGGUGCAUCAUUGACUUGGAGGAGGGUGAAGGAGACUAGACUUUUCUCUGACAUCUUCCAUGGUAGUCAUUCUGAGCACAUUGGCUCUGCUAGUUGGUAUGGUGGAAGGGCACCAUACCAACAGAUUUGGAGACUGACUCCUAAUCCCAUCACCAACACUUAGCAGGUAUAUGAUCAUGGGCAAUUCAUUCAAUUGCCUGACAAUUAUAGACUAUAUAGGGGGAAGAGCACUGGAUUUGGAGUCAAGACACUUGGACACUUGGCUCCAUACUUUCUUAGCUGGGAGACUAUGGGGCAAGUCACUCAGUCUCUCAAACCUAAGGUUCUUCAGUUAUACUAUAAGGGGAAUAAUCUUCACUAACUACCUCACAGAGUUGUGGUGAGAAUAUAAUCAGCUAUUGGGAUGAAAACACUAUCCUGGAAAGGGCUAUACAAAAGUGGGAGAUCAUUUUUUAUUAUCUAUUCACUACUGUUUUCCACUGCCUCUUGAAUCUGUUUUCUUUUCUUCUAAGCAACAAUUACAUCUUUCACGUGUUUUUGAAUAUGGGGAAUUGAAGCAUGAGUAUGAUGUCGGGGACUGGAGUUAUUUUACUUUCAACAUAGAAGUAGGAGUAGUGGUAGGUAGGUGCUGUGGGUGUUAGACAUACCAGUGAAGUGUGUGGGGCGGGGUGGGGGGAGCAUUUUCCUGGGCCAUUUUGACAGCACCCUGGGAUGUGGUCAGGACCCUUGCAGAGAGCCUAAGGCUGGACACAAGGGGGAAACAAACAGUAAUUAAGAAUUGAGGGGAGGGUCUGGAGCACCGCUGCUCUCCAGUCAGCUCUGUCACUACCCAGGGGGUGGGUUUGGCUAAGGCUUGAGGUGUGAUUGGAGGCCUAGGAAAGAGGACUGUUGUUAGGGCCCCAGCAGCUGUGUAACAGGCUUGAGCCCUAAUAGCAAAGGGGAGAAAGUAUCACUUGUGAGGUCAGCUCUCCCAGGCAUCAGCUGCUUUGUUAUCACCAGCAACCUUAGCCCUGAUCAGUAUUAUUUUCUGCUAAGAUAUUGAAACAUAGCCUCAAGGGACUUUCAUAAGCACUGGGAGGCAGGGACUGUCUCAUGAAUCUUUGCAUCUUCAGUAGCAUCUAGUAAGGUGCCUUGUACAUAAUAGGUGCUUAAUAAAUGUUGCUUGAAUUGAAAUGUCCUCCAGCCCGGUAAGAAUCAUGCUCCAUUUGCCACCAAGUGAUACUUUUGGAAAAUAAUACUGAUUUCGAUGUCAGCUCUGUGUGGAUUCCCUAGUGGCUCAGGCAGUAAAGAACCUGCCUGCAAAGCAGGAGACCUGGGUUUGAUCCCUGGGUCGGGAAGGUCCCCUGAGAAGGGAAUGGCUGCCAUUCCAUUAUUCUUGCCUGGAGAAUUCCAUGGACAGAGGAGCCUGGCGGGCUAUAGUCCAUGGGGUCACAAAGAGUGAGAUAAUUGAGCAACUAACACUCUCACUUUUUUUCACUAUGUCUGACUUUGGUCAGGUCUUUCAUCGAAUCUUCAUUUCCUUUCUAAAAUGAGUGAGUGGAUUAGAUGCUGUCUAAGGUCCCUUCCAGCUCCCAAAUGUUACAAUCCUGUGAUUCCAAAUGUUUCCGUCACCUGUGAACGUGGGUGCUCUAUGUGGCUCCUUCUCUCCUCCGUAGGCUUUGUUCAGAGGAAGGGGUCUGAACAUUCCACAGAGCUAUUUCUUCUUCAGUGGUUUUUACUGUCUUCAGAAUAGUUCUAGAGGAGCAGCCUUUUCAAAAAGGACAUUUUAAAAUAUAUUUUCUCCUCAAUAGUAGAGAAAGAAAGAAGGAAAUGUAAAGAAACUGAGCGCAGUAAACAUGGCAUGUUUUUCAUAGAUUUUUAUUUAAAGAUGGAGAGAAUCUGAGCACAUAAAAGCCAAUUGCACAGUACACUGUGCGACUGAGAGAAGCUUGUCCAGGAUUAACACUUUCCCAUGGAUAAUCUAAAUGUGGAUAGAUAAGAACUGGCCAUAUGGUGAGAUGGACAGAAGGUAUACUUUUAAAGGACAUUUUAUUUUAGUACCAAAUUUUGCCAGUGACAAUCUUUAGUUAAGAAAGAAAUUCUUCGGAACUAAAAUUCUCAUCUCUGCCACUUUGCUUUUUAAAAAACCCCAUUAUAUUCAUGGAAUAAUAUUUAUAUUUUAAUUAAAACUUUAUCUUAAUUCUGUUUCAUCUAUUUAAAUAAAAUAAGAGCAUUUUUCAUUGCAUUAAAAAAUGUAAAAUACUUGCAUGCCACCAGUGUGUAAUAUUUUCCCAGUUCAGAUGCUUGUAAUAUGUGACUUUAUGUGUCUCUGUAUUAUUUUGAAAAGAACAAAGGAAAUAAUACUUUGUAAGCUGUUUAAACUUAUAAUGGCAAUAUUUAUUUGGCUAAGUGGUUAUUGGAAAAUGCACAUAGUUUCGUUUUUCACUUUGAAACUUUCCAAUCAAAGGUAGAUAUUGAUUAUAUUCAUUAGGGAAUUGAAGACUAAUUUGCCUUUUAAAUGUGAAAUUGAACAGUUUGUGGGAAAUGUGUGAAAAAGCAAAAUGUAUGAAGCGUGAAGAACUUUUCCCAUGAUAAUUAAUAAGGAUCCCCGGUGGCAUAAAUAGAUGCAGUGUUUGACUGUUUGGAAUUUGCCAGCCUGAUCUGACGCUAAGGUAAAUGUAUACUGUUUUAAUUAAUCAAUAUCCGUCUGCUUUUAAAAGAUAAUAAUGUAUUCAUUUGUGUCUGGAAUGAAAUUUCCAAGUGAAAAUGUACAGAACACUAGGAAUUAAUAAACUUUUCUUUUUAAAAAUGAAA